UGUGUGAGAACCUCUUCAGAGCAGCCUGUUGAGAUAUUCCAGGAAUUGCACCUAGCUUUGUCCACAGGUUUUCUUUGGUGAAAAAUGCCCUACAAAGUGAGUGUGAUAUCAGAAGGAUAUUCCAAAGAAACUAAGGAGAAGUAUAUGAUUGCCAAUUGUACAUGCACAGUUGUGCAAGGAGAUGUCAAUAUGGUUGUUGAUACACUGUCUCCAUCAGAUGCCAGUAUCAUCUUGGCAGGAUUAGAUAGACUGCUGUUGAAGCCUGAAGAUAUUCAAUAUUGCAUUGGAACUCAUGGCCACACAGAUCACAUAGGUAAUCUCAACCUUUUCCCACAUGCAACUCAUAUUGUGGGACAUAUCAUCUCAGAGAAUAACAAAUAUUGGACUCACCCAUUUGACAUUGGCAAGGACUAUGUGAUUGACCAGGAUGUCACAAUCAUCCCAACUCCUGGCCAUACACUGAGUUGCAUAACAGUGGCAGUGAAUACUCCUGAUCUGGGAAUGGUGGCUAUUGCUGGUGAUUUGUUUGAGAGGGAGGAUGAUAUAGGCAAUCCACUAUUAUGGCAGACUGCUGGCAGUGAGAGUCUUCAAAAGCAACUGGAAAACAGGUUCAAGAUUAUCAACAUGGCUGACCAUAUCAUCCCUGGACAUGGGCCUAUGUUCAAGGUCUUGCCUGAAUACAAAGAAUCUUUGAAAUUUCAAUUAGAACAAGGACUAUUCACAUGAAAUGUCUGUGAGGAUUAUGUUUCAGGAAGGUUGCUUAUCAGUGGUAUGACCAGGGGAGCAAUAGUAUUGGGAUAGUCAAGUGUAAUGCUGUUCUAUCUAGUACCAAUAUUUACAUUCACAUAUUCUUUUAAAAUAGCCUGAGGCAGGCUGUGAGUACCUUCC